CUCACACAACACGGAAGAGUUUGAACGAGCAGCUUUAACUUUAUUUAAACCUUAAAUGUAAUCUGAUGUGUUCAGGUUUAAACUCAGGUUCAGUUAUUGAGUGAAAAUACCAACAGACUCAGACAUUUAGAACAAACUAAGAGUCAGAUCAGCAGAAACAGAGAACACGGACAUGUCUGCUGUAACUGCGUCACUCUGCUCCACGCUGAUGUUUGUCCUGUUCGUCUCUGCAGACCAGAAAAACAUCACAGCUGAGUCUGGACAGGACGUCACUCUGACAUGUCGAGCUCCAAACAACAACAUCAUAGUUGUAAAGUGGAGCAGAGCUGAUCUGGGAGAUGAUUAUGUGCUUUUGUACCGGGAUGAGCAGUUUGAUCCAGAAGGCCAGCAUCCAUCUUUUAAGAACCGGGUGGAUCUGCAGGACAGACAGAUGAAGGAUGGAGACGUGUCUUUGAUUCUGAAGAAUGUGACGAUUAAUGAUGUUGGAACAUACGAGUGUGGUGUUGUCCAGCGAGUGAGAGGACCUUUGACUCUAAUCAACACCACCUACCUUCAUGUUGAUCCUCCAGGUCAGACAGGAGGACACGAGAAGGAUGAAGACAACAAAGAUGGAGGAAAGGAAGACAGAAGGAAGGAGGAUGGAUCUGUUGGACUGAAAGUUGGUCUGUCAGUUCUUGUUGUGCUUCUUCUUGUUGCUGUUGUUGGUUUCUUCAUCUACAGAAGCUGUAAACUGAAUCCUGCUGAUCCACAUGUAGCAGAGCAUCUUCAGCCUCCACAGCCUGAAUACCAGAAAAACAUCCCAGCAGAGUCUGGACAGGACGUCACUCUGACAUGUCGAGCUCCAAGCAGCGAGUCAGAGAAAAUGAGCGAACAGCUUCAUCAACUUGAUUAUUGAUCCAGAGAGUUAGUUUCCUGCUUGGCUUCUCAGUGUCCUUGUCUAGUCUCGUCUACUUUUCUACUUUUCUACUCUUUCCCUGGAACUCUCUCACAGUCUGUUCUCUAAAACCUAAAAGAGGAAUUAUGAAUUUGAUCAACUUGUCCCUGAAUGCUAUUGACACCCUCUUCUCUACAAGAAACCUGGGCUCGGGUGAGCCUGAGUGUCCUGGAGGGACAUUCCCUGCCGGUACAUGAUGGACGGGUGGAGGAACUGGAGGGUCGUGUUUACAGACUGUGUUUAGACUGUUCCUUGUUACUUGUUCCUCGUUGCUUGUCAUGUGGUUUAUGCUGUUGUGAUGUGAAUAUGUGUGUGCUCUCAGUGCAGAGGAGUUUUUUUGUUUUCUCUUCUCAUGCUGACCUCCCACAAGGAGCCCAGCAUGAGUAGAGGGUUUUUUUUUCCUCCUCCACUUGCCCAUUGUAUUGUACAUUUCAUUGUGUUUUUCCAAAUUACUACCCGUCUCUGGCCUCUCUUUCCACGUAAUGUCUGUAUGGUCCAAUUUCCCUGCAGGUGUAAAUAUUGCAUGUGACAAAUAAAGGUUUGAUUGACUCACUCUCGCUCUGCAGGCCUACUUGCUGUUCCUAGAGUAUUUAAAAGUAGAAUGGGAGGGAGAGCCUUCA